AUGGCUGCCUUGAAGGAGAAGAGGACUUGUGGGCAGCGAUGUGAAGACUUUGGCCAUUUUGUCUGGAACUCUGAAAAUGGGACGUUUAUGGGAAGAACACCAGAGAAAUGGGUGUACAUCAGUCUGUAUUAUGUGGCCUUCUACGUGGUGAUGACGGCCCUCUUUUCUCUGGCCAUCUGGACCCUCAUGUACACCUUGGAUCCGUACACCCCGGACUACCAAGACCGGCUAAGUUCUCCGGGGGUGAUGGUGUGGCCGGACACGUACGGUGAGGAAGAUGUUGACAUCUCCUACAACAGAUCAGACAAGGCCAGCUGGAUGGGCAUGGCCAACAUCCUUCAAGAGUUCCUCAAGCCCUACAACGACACCAUGCAGCUUGAAUGUAACUACUACAACUGCACUAAGGGAAAGUACUUCCUCCAGAACACCUUCUCUGCCCCCAACCACACCAAGUGGGCAUGUCCCUUCACGCAAAGCAUGCUGGGAGCCUGCUCAGGAAGUGCAGACCCAACCUUUGGCUACAACAGCACCAUGCCUUGUGUCAUAAUUAAGAUGAACAGGAUCAUUAACUACUUGCCGACUAAUCAGUCUAGCACGCCCCCAUAUGUCAACUGCACUAUACUGGGUGGACAAGCCAACGUGGCCAACAUUACGUAUUUCCCUGAAGGAGGAAUUAUGGAUCCCUCUUACUUUCCUUACUACGGAAGAAAGGCACAGCCCACUUACGUUAACCCGCUGGUGGCUGUUCGCUUCAGCCUGGUCGGAGCGAUGGAAGCGAGCAUCCAGUGCAGAGUGGUCUCAGACAAGAUCAGCUACGAGAACAUCCACGAUCCCUACGAGGGAAAGGUCGUCUUCUCACUCAAAGCAGUGAAAUGA